GCCGCACCACCGGCGAUCAAUCCGUUUUCCCCCUUUCGUUCUCCGGCAGCUGCUUCACAAUCACUGAAUCACAGGUCUCUUUCCCCCGCAAUGAAUUGAGCUGACUUUUUCUCUCUCCCAGUCAACCUCGAUUCUUUCUCCUCCACCAAUCCAAUUCAGGGGGGCUACUGUUACAUUCCCCAUUUUCUAAUCGAGGAGGGAGAAGAAGAUAGAUAAAUGUCGGCAGCGAAGGUUGCCAAGCCGCAUCAUCGCCUGAAUCGGACUGAUCCUCCGCCUCACCACCGCCGCAGAAGCAUCGGGUUCUCCUCCCCGAACAUCAGGAAUCGCAUUGUUCUCGACGACGAUGACGACGGCGACGACGAUUGGGUGCCGAUUGCCGCCGGAGCUAAACCGGCUGCAUCGCGGGGGAAGAGGGCGAAGAAGGACAAUAACAAUAAAAACAAGAAGAAAAAUGGGAAGGCGGCGUCUCGCUCCCAAUCUCCGACGGAAAUUCCUAAGCGGCGCAGGAUCGCUUUGAUCCAUGAUUCCGACGACGAUUCCGUUUCGAAUAAUUCCGACUCCUCCGACGAAGAUCUGCUCCUCCAGCAACUCUCCAUCGCCAACAUCAGAGACCGCGUCAGAGGCAGGACAACCAGGUCGCUUUCCUCUUCUUCCGAUUCGUCGUCGUCGUCGUCGUCAUCGAAAUCGUCGUCUUCGUCUGCUGCUGCAGCUCCAGAAACGCCUCCGCUAAUCGCCGCCGCCGCCUCCUCCGUGAGGCUUCUUCAGCGGCCUAGAGGAGGAGGAGGAGGAGCUGCCGUGGCGCCGGCGAGCAAUAGAUGCCAUCAGUGCUUGAAAGCUGAGAGGCAACUCUAUGUUCGCUGCUUCAGCUGUGCCAAGCUCUAUUGCUUGAGAUGCAUCAAGAUGUGGUACCCUGAGAUGACAGAUGUGGAUAUAGCACAGCAGUGCCCAUUCUGUCGGAAAAAUUGCAACUGCAAUGCUUGUCUUCACUCCACUACCAUGAUCAAGACCUCCAAGAGGGAGCUCUCUCCGGGUGAAAAGAUCCGGCAUUUGGGUUAUCUUGUCAACUCACUCUUCCCCUUCCUUCAACAAAUAUGUCGUCAACAAGCAGAGGAAAUACUAACAGAUGCUGCCUUUUCUGGUAAACCCUUUUGCUGCUGUUUUGCUGUGAAUCUGGCUUAAGAAUGUUCAUACUGUUUACUGGUAAACCCAACUGAAGGUUUGUAUGUCAACCCAGCUUCCCCUUCUGACAUACCUGAGAACUUCUGUAACAAUGAUGAGCGAGUUUAUUGCAACUACUGUGCGACAUCUAUUGUUGACUUUCAUCGAUGCUGCCCCAAAUGCAACUUCGAACUGUGCCUCGGUUGUUGUCAAGACAUCCGCAAUGGCAGCUUCUUGAAUCGUGCUGAGAUGAAGUUCCAGUAUGUAGAUCGUGGCCUUGACUACAUGCAUGGCGGAGAUCCAUUGAAACCUUUUCCUUCUCAAUUUCCUGAAGAUAUGACUGAGCAUUUGACUGAAUUGUUGUGGAAUGCCAACAAUGAUGGCAGUAUCCCUUGUCCUCCCAAAGAGAUUGGGGGUUGUGGAGACUCGGUAUUGCAACUCAAACGUAUCUUCCCAACGGGAUGGAUUUCUGAUUUGACUGAGAAGGCAAGGAAGUUCCUUGGUUGCUGUAACACUAGACAGCAGAGCCUGCCUUGCAAAUGUGGUGAAACCGGGAGAGAACCGGUCAGGAGAGCAGCUUCUAGAGAAGCAAAUGAGGAUGAUUACUUGUACUGCCCAGUCUCAGAGGACAUUAUAGAGGAGGAAGAUCUUCUGCACUUCCAGAAGCACUGGGCAAAAGGGGAGCCCGUUAUUGUUCGUGAUGUACUUGAUACAACCACUCAUUUAAGCUGGGAGCCAAUGGUGAUGAUGCGUGCAUUAUGCGAUAAUGCUAAUUCCGAUAUUAGUUCGAAGAUGUCUGAAGUAAAGGCCAUUGAUUGCCUGGCUGCUUGCGAGGUUAAUCAAAAGCAUUUUCUGCCAAUAACUUUUCAGAUAAAUGUUUUUGUAAACUUGGUCAAAGUGUGAUUGGCUAUGGCUAUUGUGCUGACUUUGUCAAAAACAUGCAGGUGGAAAUCAACACCCGCAUGUUUUUCAAAGGAUAUACUGAGGGGAGAAGAUAUUUCAAUCUUUGGCCUGAGAUGCUAAAGCUAAAGGAUUGGCCCCCUUCUGAUAAAUUCGAAGAUCUCUUGCCUCGUCACUGUGACGAGUUCAUCAGUGCACUUCCAUUUCAAGAAUACAGUGAUCCAAAAGCUGGACUUCUAAACCUUGCUGUCAAGUUUCCCCAUGGUCUCCUGAAACCCGACUUGGGUCCCAAAACUUAUAUUGCAUACGGAAUGAAGGAAGAGCUUGGCAGAGGCGACUCUGUGACCAAGCUUCACUGUGAUAUGUCAGAUGCGGUGAAUAUUCUGACUCAUGUGGCUGAGGUAGAGGUAAACGAAGAACAAUCAUUUGCCAUUGAGCGUUUGAAAGAGUUGCACAAUGAGCAGGAUAGAAAAGAGCAAGUAGCACAAAAUAAUAGGAGCAAUCAUAACAGUGGGGGAAUUACUUGUGAAGCAGAGAAGCAUUCUGCUGAGACCGAAAGGAGAGUUGAGAUUCUGGAAGAGUCUGGAUGCAUGGGUUUGCAUUCAGAACAACCAGAGGACACAAUUGGUGCUCUUUGGGAUAUCUUCAGGAGAGAAGACGUCCCCAAGUUAGAGGAAUAUCUUUGGAAGCACUCUACAGAAUUCAGGCAUACAUACUGUUGUCCUGUGAAGCAGGUUAUCCAUCCAAUUCAUGACCAAUGCUUUUAUUUAACGUUGGAGCAUAAGAAGAGAUUGAAGGAGGAAUUUGGAGUGGAGGCUUGGACAUUCGAACAGAAAGUUGGAGAAGCUGUGUUCAUUCCUGCUGGGUGCCCACAUCAAGUCAGGAAUCUAAAGUCGUGCACGAAAGUCGCCGUGGAUUUUGUUUCCCCUGAGAAUGUGAGCGAGUGCCUCCGGCUGACAGAGGAGUUCCGACAACUUCCCAAGAACCACAGGGCUAGGGAAGACAAACUUGAGAUCAAGAAAAUGAUGGUUUACGCGAUGGAAGAAGCAGUCCGCGACUUGGAAGAGCUGACGAUGAUGAAGGCUUAAACAAAGCUUCAUGAAAUUUGAUUUAAGUUUUUUUAUUUUUAUUUUUAUUACCCCCCCAAGGGGUUCUUAGAUUUAGCUUAGGCUUCUUCUCUCCUUCUUUAUCUGUUUGGCAGAGCACAGAGUAAGAGUGUAACGUUGCAAGGCUGGGCUGUGUUUCUCUGCCUUCUUUGCUUUUGUACAUUGAACUACAGAGCCAUGGCUAGGGUGACAACUGAGAAGCCCUGAGGGAAGCUGAAGCAGUUCCAUAACUGCACUCUUCCCUUCCUUUCUUGUCAGAAUAAAACGAUGCCUGCCUUCAAAUCAAUGGCAUGGCUGCAGGAAUUCCAAAAAGGUGUCUCCUACUCCCAAGUUUGAGGAUCCUAAAGUUUAUGAGGAAAACAAAGAAAGAUAUAUAAGGGUUUAGAAAAAGCUAAUGUGUCAUGACUAUUCCUAAGAUUAAUGAUACAAAAAAACUUAAGUUUCCAUUAUGACUCUGAUCUUAAAAUAUUCAAUGGUGAUCCACAUUAAUAAUAUUCAUUUUUUAUAUAUUUUUUGAAAUAGCUCAACUAUGCUACAAAGUUUUGUGUCCCGUACAAGUUCAAUUUAUACCAUAAAGAAAUU